UGUCAAUAGAUCUCUCUUUCUCUCUCUCUUCGCUCACUGUUCUUCGUUUCUCCUUCGAUUCUCUGUUUUCAGAUUUCUAAUAUCUCAGAUCCCACCAGCUCAAGAUGGAUACUAAUAAAGAUGAUGAUUUCACAUUCUCAAAGGUUAUGCCACCAGAUAGUGAAGUUGUUUCUGUAGAUGCCAAAGAUCUUGCAUCACGUGUAGACGGUAUUGCCCUUAAAGAUGGGCUAGAUCCUCAAACAAAGUCUCUGAACCAAGUUCCUCCAAAGGAAAAGACAGUUGGUUCUUUAUCUUUCACCGUGACUGACUCUUCUUCCUCUUCAAAACCAUCCAACGAAUCAUCUGAGAUUAUUAAAGCUAGAAAGCCUAUAACUCGUACAAAAGUCCCAUUUGAAAAAGGUUAUAGCCAAAUGGAUUGGCUCAAACUUACUCGAACACAUCCCGAUCUUGCAGGCCUGAAGGGAGAGUCGAACAGGAGGCUUAUAUCAAUGGAGGAAGUAAAGAAGCACAAAACAGGAGAUUCGAUGUGGACUGUUUUGAAAGGACGUGUGUAUAACAUAACGCCUUAUAUGAAUUUUCAUCCUGGUGGUGUUGAUAUGUUGAUGAAAGCAGUUGGGAGAGAUGGUACGUUAUUGUUCAACAAAUACCAUGCUUGGGUCAAUUAUGAUAUCUUACUUGAGAAAUGCCUUGUUGGUGUUUUGGAUGAUACCAAAGUGAAGAAGCAAGAAGCCUAAUGGCUUCAUGCUAAUCAUAUACUCAGUAAUAGAAUUCUUAAGUCAAAUAAGAGUUUUUGUUGUUCGAUUCUUCAAAUGAAAACGCUGAUCACAUUGAUGUAUUGUCAUUAGACUUUUACUACGCAACUCUUUGAUGUCAAUAUAUGUUAAAAGGUUUCCAGAGUCACUGAUCACAUUAUGUGAUUAACUCGUAUAGAAUUCUUAAGUCAAAUAAAAAGUUCUUUUAGUGUUUGAUUCUUCAAAUGAAAACGCUUAUCACAUUGAUGUAUUGUCAUUAGACUUUUACUACGCAACUCUUUGAUGUCAAUAUAUGUUAAAAGGUUUCCAGAGUCACUGAUCACAUUAUGUGAUUAACUCGUAUAGAAUUCUUAAGUCAAAUAAAAAGUUCUUUUAGUGUUUGAUUCUUCAGAUGAAAA